CAAACCGUAUCAGGCUAUUAGCUUGUGCGUUGGGAGGAACAGCGAGAGACAUGGAGUGUAUCAUGACUCUGUUGUCUAUGUGCCGCAGAUCAUUAACAUUUACUUAUUCUUCUUCAUCUUCUGCCACUGCUGCCGCUGCUGACGCUGCUGACGCUGAUGGUGAUGUUGAUAUCUCUCCUCAUCGGGAAAAGUAUGACGUGUUUAUAAGUUUCAGAGGCGAGGACACCCGACUUGGAAUUACCAGCCAUCUUCACGAUGCCUUGCUUCGGAAGAAAAUCGAAACCUAUAUAGAUUACUGGCUUGUGAGGGGAGAAGAAAUUGGACCUUCCCUGCGAAAAGCGAUUGAGAAAUCUAAGCUUUCGGUGAUCAUAUUCUCACAAAACUAUGCUUCUUCCACAUGGUGUCUGGAUGAACUUGUACAUAUACUAAGAUGCAAGGAAGCAUAUGGCCAGCUGGUUAUACCCGUCUUCUAUGACAUCAGUCCAUCAGAUGUACAAAAACAACAGGGAUACUAUGCAGUUGCGUUUGCUCAACUCGAAAAACGUUUCAAGAACAGUAUCGACAAGGUGCACAAGUGGAGGGCUGCUUUGACAACUAUAGCCAAUCUAUCUGGGUUUGAUAAUUCAAACAAAACUGGGACAGAAGCCGAUUUGGUCAAGAAAGUGGUUGACGAUAUUUGGAACAAAUUGAUUCGUGAAUCAUCAUGUGAUUUAAAGGGUCUGGUUGGAAUUGAAAGACGCAUUGAGCAAAUCGAAUCUUUGUUAUGCAUUCAUUCACCAGACGCUUGCAUCAUUGUAGGAAUUUGGGGGAUGGGUGGUAUUGGCAAGACCACCCUUUCUGAAACUAUAUUUCACAAACUUUCUUCUAAAUUCGAAGCCAGCUGUUUUCUUAGAAAUGUUAGGGAGAACUCAGAACAAACAGAUGGACUGUAUCGCUUGCAAAAUAAACUUCUUAAAGAGAUAUUAAAGGAAGAAGGUCUAUCCAUGGGGUCAACUUUUGUUAGGGAAAGCCUCAGUCGUACAAAGGUCCUCAUUGUCCUUGACGAUGUGAGUGAUUCAAUGCAAAUGGAACAUUUAGUUGGCAAUCGUCUUCAGUUUGGCACUGGCAGUAGAAUCAUUAUCACGAGUAGAGAUAGGAGCACACUUAGGCAAACUGUUGAAGAGGAUAAGAUCUACGAGGUUGAGGGAUUAAAACCCGAUGACGCUCUUAAGCUCUUCCGUUUGCGUGCUUUCAAGAAUAAUAGUACUUGUAGAACAUAUUAUGAGGAGUUGGCAGAAAAGGCGGUGGAUUAUGCUGGAGGCAUUCCUUUAGCUCUUGUACUUCUGGGGUCCUCAUUUCUAAAUUGCAAGAGCAAAGAAGACUGGGAAGAUGAAUUGAACAAAUUGAAACAUUUUCCCAAUGAAAAUAUCCAAAGAGUGUUGAAACUAAGUUAUGAUGGAUUGGGAAGAAAUGAGAAGGAGAUAUUUUUGGACAUAGCUUGUUUUCAUAAGGGGAAGCUUGUGGAUCAUGUAAAAAAAAUGUUAGCUGUUCGUGGAUUCUUUGCAGGGGCUGGAAUUAGAAUUCUCAUUGAUAUGUCUCUUAUAUCAAUUCAUUCAACAAAGAAAACCGUAGAGAUGCAUGAUUUGCUUCAAGAAAUUGGAAGCACAAUCGUUCACGAACAAUGUAUUGAAGAUCCUGCUAAACGUAAUAGGUUGUCCAAUGAUGACGAUGUCUAUCGUCUACUGAAAAGUAAUACGGGAACUCCGAUUGUUCAAGCCAUAAUGAUUAACUGGUUUAAGAUUGAAGAGCAAACAUUGAAAUGUCCAGACUUCAAAGUGAUGUCUAACCUAAUGAUGCUAAUUGUGGUUAACUCUGAAGAGUUUGGCACUUACUAUAAAUUAACCGCUUCUCUAAACCUUCCCAAUUCUCUUCGUUAUCUUUACUGGUGUGGAUAUCCUUUCAAAAGUUUGCCGUCAAAUUUUUCUCCUGAAAAUCUAGUUGAGCUUCAUAUGCCGGAAAGCCAAGUAAAGGAGCUUUGGAAUGAACCCCAGAGACUUGUGAACUUAGAAGUGAUCAAUCUACAGUACUCUAAAUAUCUAACGGAAGUUCCAAAUCUAUCUGGGAGUCUAAAAAUUGUGGACAUAAAUCUUUGUGGCUGUGAAAGUUUGGUUGAAAUUCCUUGGUGUUUUCAACAUCUCCACAAGCUUACUCAUCUUGAUCUUGCAAGAUGCACAAGUCUUAAAUAUCUUCCAGAGAUGCCAGAGAAUAUUGAAGUCUUAGAUUUAUAUCGCAGUGGUAUACAGGAGUUGCCUGAAUCAGUUUGGUCUCACGAAAAAAUUUCUUACUUGGAUAUAACAGAUUGUAGAGACCUUAAGAAACUUCCAACCAACAGGUGUAAGCUGAAAAUCUCUGGUUGUUUUGAUCUACAGGGCUGCACAUCUCUUGGCCAGGUUUCUGAGCUUCCCAGGGAUAUAAGUGAACUAUCAUUGGUUGGUUGCAAGAGACUUGUGAGUCUCCCAACCAACAUUUGUAAGUUGAGAUAUCUCAAGGAACUCGAUCUCUCUGGCUGCUCUAAACUUGAAAACUUCCCAGAGAUCUUGGAGCCAAUGGAGUAUUUGGAAUAUCUUAGUUUAAGUAGAACGGCUGUUCUAGAGCUACACUCAUCAAUCGAAUUUCUCCCUGCUCUUAAAAACAUUCAACUAAGAGAUUGCAAAAGGCUUUCAAGUAUCCCGAGGAGCAUUUGUAAGUUGAAAUCUCUUGAGAGACUUGAUCUCACAGGUUGCUCUGCUCUUUACGAAUUCCCACCAGUCUUGGAGCCAAUGGAACAUCUGAACUUUCUUAGUUUGAAAGGGACAGCGCUCGAAAAACUUCCUUCGUCUAUUGGAAGUCUAAUUCGGCUUGAAACAUUAGAUCUUGAUAUGUGCAAGAACCUUAAUGUUGUCCCAAGAAGUAUCUACAGUUUAACCAACCUUAAAACUCUCAGCUUUCGUGACUGUCGGGGACUCCAAGAGUUGCCAUCCGGUUCUGUUGGUUUGCUCUCUUUGGAAGUUCUUGACCUCCGUCGCACCUGCAUAUCAGAAAUCCCUGAUAGUCUUGUUGGCUCAAUCUCAUUGCAAGAUUUAAUUCUGAGUGAAACCAAGAUUAGGAGCAUACCUGCAAGCAUCAGACAAGCUUCUCGGUUGCAUAGACUAAGCUUAAUCGGGUGCAAGCGGCUUCAAUCAUUACCAGAGCUCCCAGUGUUAUGUGAUCUUGAAGCACAAGGAUGCACGUCGCUGAAUACAGUGUCAAGUUCAUGGACAGCACUCAUACAAGGUUGGGAUAAAUACGACUCUUUUGGGAAACUUGAUUUUUCUGAUUGCCGAAAAUUGGAUCAUAAUACAAGGAGCAGCAUAAUGGAUGAAGCACAUAUUAGAAUUAUGCGAGUGGCAACUGAGCCAUUAAAGAACCCUUAUGGGAACCCUUGUGUUAGCAUUGUAUGUCCUGGAAAAGAAAUUCCAAAUUGGUUCAGCUUCAGCUAUCAAAGUGAGGGAUCUUCAGUUCAUAUCAAGCUUCCUCCAGAUUGGUUUCGAACAGAUUUAUCAGGUUUUGCUCUCUCUGUCAUUGUUUCUUGUGUUUCCAACUGCCAGGGAGACUUAAGGGUAAGAGCUAGUUUCACUGUUAAAUUACUGGGUGAAAGCCAUGAACUGUUCACUUCUCUAUUCUACAUCCCAAUUCGGAGAUUGAAUGGCUACUGUUAUGACCGACAUCACGUGUAUGUGUGGAAUAAGGCCUUUAUAAGUGAAGAGGUAGCAAAAAAAUGCUCCCCUGAUGUUUACAAACUUGCCAAUGAGGCCUCUGUUGAGUUCUACCUGCCAAAGUUUUACGAACAACACAUUCCCAGUGCGAAGGUGGAAAAGUGUGGUAUAUGCCCGUUUUAUGCUGAAGAUGCUGAGAAAUUCAAAGUUGAUCAUGUCUUCGUAUCAGGGGAACCAAAAAUACCAGAAGAAACAAGACAGGAUGAAAAUUUGGAAGCUUGUGGAUCAAGUUACGAGAACAAAGCAAAUGAAAGUGAUGACGAGUCAUUAGCCAGUGAAUCAAGUUAUGAUCAGCUGGAAGCAAAUGAAAGUUAUGAUGGUCAGAAGCCUAGUCUUUUUUUAUAAACCACUGCUGUCUUCUGCGUUUCCACGACUGGUGUUGCUGGAGAUCACCUGGCUUUAGUUUUGUCCUACACGGAUUACUAUUAGCUUUGUACAAUUAUAAAUAUCAAUGAACGGUUGAUGAACAGUAGGCUCGCUUAGUCAUUGAGUUGAGAUCACAAACUUUUUUAUUAUCUUUCAC